UUCCCCUUCGGGUUAUGUAAACAGUAAUUCUCCCCAGAUGGAACUAUUUUCCUCGCUUGGAAGCAGCUGGGAGGGGUCUUGGGCAGGGCUGGGGGUGGAAUGCCGGGGUUCCUCAGGGAGCCCGGGGAGCAGGGCGGAAUCGGACCCCUGAAGGUGCCUGAGGCUCUCAGCCGGGCACUCUUCUCCUCUCCAGGUACCUGCCUCUGCUGGAACCAUGCCCGUGACCUUGGCCCUCUUGCUCCUCCUGAGCCAGGCCAGUGCAGACCCUUGCUACCAUCCAGGGGGCGGCCCCCGCUUCUGCCUCCCACCAGUGACCCAGCUGCCUGGCCUGGCCGCCUCCUGUCCCCAGGCCUGUCUCUUCUCCCCAGGGGUGGACUUUGGUCCCGAGGCCACCUGCAAUGGCAGUCUGACUCUGGCCCUGGGUGGGACCUUCCUCCUGACAUCUGUCAGCCUGCGAUUCUGCACCCCAGGACCCCCAGCCCUGGUCCUGUCAACCGCCUGGGCCACCGGAGGUCCCUGGAGAUCACUGUGGCACAGAACUGCCUGGCCCCGGGCCUUGGGAGGCCCCGAGAGGGUGACCUUCCGAGUUGCACCCGGCCCCAAGGCCAGUGUAGUGGCCAGUCACCUCCGCGUGGAGUUUGGGGGUCGGGCAGGGCUGGCGGCAGCAGGGGUGAGAGGCCGCUGCCAGUGCCACGGCCACGCGGCCCGCUGUGCUGCCCGAGCCCGGCCACCCCGCUGCCGCUGCCGCCACCACACCACCGGCCCAGGGUGCGAGAGCUGCCGCCCAUCCCACCGCGACCGGCCCUGGCGGCCCGCCACACCCUGGCACCCUCACCCUUGCCUGCCCUGCUCCUGCAACCAGCACGCCCGCCGCUGCAGGUUCAACUCUGAGCUGUUCAGGCUGUCGGGUGGCCGCAGUGGGGGUGUCUGCGAGCGGUGCCGCCACCACACAGCUGGGCGGCACUGCCACUACUGCCAGCCGGGGUUCUGGAGGGACCCCAGCCAGCCCAUCACCAGCCGCAGGGCCUGCAGGGCCUGCCAGUGCCAUCCUAUUGGGGCGACAGGUGGUACCUGCAACCAGACCAGUGGACAGUGCUCCUGCAAGUUAGGGGUCACUGGCCUGACAUGCAACCGCUGUGGUCCUGGCUUCCAGCAGAGCCGCUCCCCCAGGAUGCCGUGCCAGCGAAUUCCCGAGGCAACCACCACCAUUGCUACAACCCCUGAUGCUUACAGCUCUGACCCUCGAUGUCAAAACUACUGCAAUAUCACGGACCCCAGGGUAUACAUGAGCCUUCGGAGGUACUGCCAGCAGGACUACGUUCUUCGCGCCCAGGUGCUGGCGUCUGAAGCGGCAGGCCCGGUGUGGCAGCGGCUGGCCGUGCGCGUGCUGGCCGUGUACAAGCAGCGGGCCCGGCCCGUGCGCAGCGGCGGCCAGGAAGCCUGGGUGCCCCGCGCCGACCUGGCCUGCGGCUGCUUGCGCCUACGGCCAGGCACCCACUACCUGCUGCUGGGCAGUGCGGCCGGCGACCCCGACCCCGCGCGCCUGGUCCUCGACCGCCACGGCCUCGCGCUGCCCUGGAGGCCCCGCUGGAGCCGGCCGCUGAGGCGGCUGCAGCAGGAGGAGCGCACAGGGGGCUGCCGCGAACUGCAGCCUGCGACUCCGAGCUCUGAACCCAGGCUUUAG